AUGCAUUCUCUCAUUCCGUAUUUCCUUCUUUCUUUCUUUCAUUCCUUUAUUCAUGCAUUCUCUCAUUCCGUAUUUCCUUCUUUCUUUCUUUCUUUCUUUCUUUCAUUCCUUUAUUCAUGCAUUCUCUCAUUCCGUAUUUCCUUCUUUCUUUCUUUCAUUUCUUUAUUCAUGCAUUUCUCAUUCCGUAUUUACUUCUUUCUUUCUUUUUCAUUUCUUUAUUCAUGCAUUCUUUCAUUCUUUAUUCAUGCAUUUCUUUCUUUCUUUCUUUCAUUUCCUUUAUUCAUGCAUUCUCUCAUUCCGUAUUUCCUUCUUUCUUUCUUUCAUUCCUUUAUUCAUGCAUUCUCUCAUUCCGUAUUUCCUUCUUUCUUUCUUUCAUUCCUUUAUUCAUGCAUUCUCUCAUUCCGUAUUUACUUCUUUCUUUCUUUCAUUCCUUUAUUCAUGCAUUCUCUCAUUCCGUAUUUACUUCUUUCUUUCUUUCAUUCCUUUAUUCAUGCAUUCUCUCAUUCCGUAUUUACUUCUUUCUUUCUUUCAUUCCUUUAUUCAUGCAUUCUCUCAUUCCGUAUUUCCUUCUUUCUUUCUUUCAUUUCUUUAUUUAUGCAUUCUCUCAUUCCGUAUUUACUUCUUUCUUUCUUUCAUUUCUUUAUUUAUGCAUUCUUUCAUUCCGUAUUUCCUUCUUUCUUUCUUUCAUUCCUUUAUUCAUGGAUUCUCUCAUUCCGUAUUUCCUUCUUUCUUUCUUUCAUUCCUUUAUUCAUGCAUUCUCUCAUUCCGUAUUUCCUUCUUUCUUUCUUUCAUUCCUUUAUUCAUGCAUUCUCUCAUUCCGUAUUUCCUUCUAUCUUUCUUUCAUUUCUUUAUUCAUGCAUUUCUCAUUCCGUAUUUACUUCUUUCUUUCUUUCAUUCCUUGAUUCAUGCAUUCUCUCAUUCCGUAUUUCCUUCUUUCUUUCUUUCAUUCCUUUAUUCAUGCAUUCUCUCAUUCCGUAUUUCCUUCUUUCUUUCUUUCAUUUCUUUAUUCAUGCAUUCUCUCAUUCCGUAUUUACUUCUUUCUUUCUUUCAUUCCUUUAUUCAUGCAUUCUCUCAUUCCGUAUUUCCUUCUUUCUUUCUUUCAUUCCUUUAUUCAUGCAUUCUCUCAUUCCGUAUUUACUUCUUUCUUUCUUUCAUUCCUUUAUUAAUGCAUUCUCUCAUUCCGUAUUUCCUUCUUUCUUUCUUUCAUUUCUUUAUUCAUGCAUUCUCUCAUUCCGUAUUUCCUUCUAUUUUCUUUCUUUCUUUCAUUCCUUUAUUCAUGCAUUCUCUCAUUCCGUAUUUCCUUUUUUCUUUCUUUCAUUCCUUUAUUCAUGCAUUCUCUCAUUCCGUAUUUACUUCUUUCUUUCUUUCAUUCCUUUAUUCAUGCAUUCUCUCAUUCCGUAUUUCCUUCUUUCUUUCUUUCAUUUCUUUAUUCAUGCAUUCUCUCAUUCCGUAUUUCCUUCUUUCUUUCUUUCAUUCCUUUAUUCAUGCAUUCUCUCAUUCCGUAUUUACUUCUUUCUUUCUUUCAUUCCUUUAUUCAUGCAUUCUCUCAUUCCGUAUUUCCUUCUUUCUUUCAUUUUCAUUCCGUAUUUUUCUUUUAUUCAUUCAUUCUCUCAUUCCGUAUUUCCUUCUUUCUUUCUUUCAUUCCUUUAUUCAUGCAUUCUCUCAUUCCGUAUUCCCUUCUUUCUUUCUUUCUUUCUUUCUUUCAUUCUUUCUUUCAUUUCAUUCUCUCAUUCCGUAUUUCAUUCUCUUUCUUUUCAUUCUUUAUUCAUAUUUCCUUCUUCUUUCUUUCUUUCAUUUCCUUUAUUCAUGCAUUCUCUCAUUCCGUAUUUCCUUCUUUCUUUCUUUCUUUCUUUCUUUCAUUCCUUUAUUCAUGCAUUCUCUCAUUCCGUAUUUCCUUCUUUCUUUCUUUCAUUUCUUUAUUCAUGCAUUCUCUCAUUCCGUAUUUCCUUCUUUCUUUCUUUCAUUCCUUUAUUCAUGCAUUCUCUCAUUCCGUAUUUACUUCUUUCUUUCUUUCAUUCGUUUAUAAAUGCAUUCUCUCAUUCCGUAUUUACUUCUUUCUUUCUUUCAUUCCUUUAUUCAUGCAUUCUCUCAUUCCGUAUUUACUUCUUUCUUUCUUUCUUUCUUUAUUUCUUUCAUUCCUUCAUUCAUGCAUUCUCUCAUUCCGUAUUUACUUCUUUCUUUCUUUCAUUCCUUUAUUCAUGCAUUCUCUCAUUCCGUAUUUCCUUCUUUCUUUCUUUCAUUCCUUUAUUCAUGCAUUCUCUCAUUCCGUAUUUCCUUCUUUCUUUCUUUCAUUCCUUUAUUCAUGCAUUCUCUCAUUCCGUAUUUCCUUCUUUCUUUCUUUCAUUCCUUUAUUCAUGCAUUCUCUCAUUCCGUAUUUCCUUCUUUCUUUCUUUCAUUCCUUUAUUCAUGCAUUCUCUCAUUCCGUAUUUCAUUCUUUCUUUCUUUCAUUCCUUUAUUCAUGCAUUCUCUCAUUCCGUAUUUACUUCUUUCUUUCUUUCAUUUCUUUAUUCAUGCAUUCUCUCAUUCCGUAUUUCCUUCUUUCUUUCUUUCAUUCCUUUAUUCAUGCAUUCUCUCAUUCCGUAUUUCCUUCUUUUUUUCUUUCUUUCUUUCUUUCUUUCAUUCCUUUAUUCAUGCAUUCUCUCAUUCCGUAUUUCCUUCUAUUCUUUCUUUCUUUCAUUCCUUUAUUCAUGCAUUCUCUCAUUCCGUAUUUCCUUCUUUCUUUCUUUCAUUCCUUUAUUCAUGCAUUCUCUCAUUCCGUAUUUCCUUCUUUCUUUUUUUCAUUCCUUUAUUCAUGCAUUCUCUCAUUCCGUAUUUCCUUCUUUUCUUUCUUUCAUUCCUUUAUUCAUGCAUUCUCUCAUUCCGUAUUUCAUUCUUUCUUUCUUUUCAUUCCUUUAUUCAUGCAUUCUCUCAUUCCGUAUUUCCUUCUUUCUUUCUUUCAUUCCUUUAUUCAUGCAUUCUCUCAUUCCGUAUUUCCUUCUUUCUUUCUUUCUUUCUUUCUUUCAUUCUUUUAUUCAUGCAUUCUCUCAUUCCGUAUUUCCUUCUAUUCUUUCUUUCUUUCUUUUAUUCAUGCAUUCUCUCAUUCCGUAUUUCCUUCUUUCUUUCUUUCUUUCUUUCAUUCCUUUAUUCAUGCAUUCUCUCAUUCCGUAUUUCCUUCUAUUUUUUCUUUCUUUCAUUCCUUUAUUCAUGCAUUCUCUCAUUCCGUAUUUCAUUCUUUCUUUCUUUCAUUCCUUUAUUCAUGCAUUCUCUCAUUCCGUAUUUCAUUCUUUCUUUCUUUCUUUUCCCAAUCUGUUAUUUCUAUAUCUCCCUCGCUAUCAGUUUCUUUUUUUCUUUCUUUCUUUCUUUCUUUCUUUCUUUCUUUCUUUCUUCGAUAACUUCUUUCUUUUCUACAUUCAGUUAUUUUUUCGCUUAGCAUAUUCUUUUCUUUCCUUCUUCCUUCUGUUCCUUCUUUGUUCCUUUCUUUCCUUGUUCUUUCUUUUGUACUUUUUCUGCUUUCAGUUUUUUUUCCGCUUAACACAUGCAUAUCUUUCCUCCUUUCUUUUUCUUUUUCUCUUUUUUAUUUAUUCCCAUCUUCCAAUUUUUUAG